AUGGGUACUCGUCACCUUCAACUAAGUGUGGUGGCGAUAUUCAUCCUCUUCACUUGCUUGCUAGCCACCGCAGCCGAGAUCUCGUCACCUGAUGCUCCAAUUUACCGCGCAAGGCUGUUGCGAACCGCCAAAGCUAUCGACUCUGACGCAGCCGAACCGCCGGUAGAAGAUAGAGGGUUAUUCUCUAAGAACCCCAUGAAGGCGCAAAUUAAGCAGUGGGUCAACGCUGGGGAGUCAGUCGAUAACGUCAAGGCGGCGCUGGGGAUGGAGCGGCUAUCUGGAGCCACUCUAGAAGCCCACUCGAGCUACAAGUACUACCAGAAGUUCGUGGAGAAGACCCUGAAGAAGUGGCUGAAAGACGACACGUCCACAUACCGCGCGUGGAUAAACUUGGGGCUACUCGAUGGCCACAGCUCCGAUACGUUCGAGACGUACAUGCGCUACGCCAAGAUGUUCAACGACGAGAUGUGGCGCACUAAAGGCACGUUGGACCAGCCGCCGAUCUACCUCGAGGGCUCUCGGGCAGAGCGCUUGGCCAAGGCCCAAGUGUGGGCCGACGCGCAGAGACCCAACUGGUACGUCUGCACCCCAGUCAAGUCCGAGCUGAACCCGACUAUCCGUACUAUCUCAAGUUCCUGGGGCUGGCUGGUAGGACUGAGCGCAAGACGGAGGCAAUGCAAUGAGAAGACUGCUAACCAUCUACGAGAGAGACCGUCCAGUGUGUCCGUCCGUGUGAAGCCCGUGACAACAUAA